AAAAUCAGUCUUCAAUGUGAAUACCAACUAGUAGUUGUCUAGUUAUGAAUUUAUCAUCGAACUUCUUCAGUACGCAAGAAAAACGACGGAUGGUAAAACUAGACUAGUGGUAGAAAACAAUCCUGAUAAGAUAUCCGAGUGGUGAGGCUAAGCUAAUCGAAGAUAACUAAAGUAAGCGAUCAUCUUAAAUUAAGCAUGGAUCCGGACAGAAAGAAAAACGUUGUUAUGGAUUUUACCGACGCAACUGGUGAUGAAAAGAAGGAUGCAACCCCGACGAAGGAGCAGCCACAAGAUCAAGUCAAAUCGAUCCCGAAGCGGAAGGGCUCAACCUACGUCGACACGCCUUUGGAUCCUAACUCGAAACAGUACUCCAUGAACGGAGGUCAUCGAGGGAAAGUGCUGAUCUUCAACCAGAUUACUUUUGAUGAUUACGUCGAUAGGACCGGUUCUAAUGCGGACGUUGAGAGACUGUGUCACUCGUUGCAGAGACUUGGUUUCCGAAAGGAAGAUAUUAGCAUUUUUGAGGAUCUGGGAGUCAGUGAAAUUAUACGAGAAGCCAUAAAAUUGGAGUUGGAUCAAGACUUGCAACAAUCGGACUGUUUGAUGGUGAUUAUUCUAACCUACGGCGAAAUUGGUGAUUUUGUGAUGGCUAAAAACGACCAGUAUCAUCUAUUCGAGUUCUUCGGAAAUUUCACUCCAGCCGCAUUGAAGUCCAUGGCUGGUAAACCGAAGUUCUUCAUGGUUCAAACGGGUCCCGGUAGAAAGCGUGUUAAGACAUUGCAGACAGACGGCUUUUCGGACAGAGUGGAUUCGGUUUCGGAAACGUUUAUCUAUCCAGAGUUUGCCGAUUUACUUGUGAUGAUAAGCUCCGAUCUUGGACCCUCUGACGAUCAUGGAAGCUGGAUGAUUCAAGAGUUUUGCAACGUCAUCGAUGUGUGUGAUUUGAAAACAUCAUCAAUUUAUGAUAUUUUAACCGAGACGAACGAUGCAGUCUUAGGACGGAUCUCAAAUGCUGACGACGAUAAGGAUAAAACAAGACAAAUGCCCACGUUCUAUUCUACACUUACGAAGCAAUUGUUUUUCAAUUGAUUGAAAUAAUAGCAGUAGCAAAACAUCCUACAGAUCCUGUUACUGAUUUAUCCAUUAUGUGAUCAUAGAGAUUUAACGGAAAUAUUAAUUCUCAAGACAAA